AUGGACGCCAAGCCCGGCGCGCCCGUCCACGAGCCGCUGCUCGCGGCGGCGCGGCCCGGCAAGGACGCGGCGGACGACGAUGGGGCGCGCCAGGGCCUCGCCGCGGCGGAGGUGAAGCGGCUGGUGCGGCUCGGCGGGCCCAUCAUCGCCAGCUGCAUCCUCCAGAACGUCGUCAACAUGGUGUCCGUCAUGGUCGUCGGCCACCUCGGCGAGCUGCCCCUCGCCGGCGCCUCCCUCGCCACCUCCCUCGCCAACGUCACCGGCUACAGCCUCCUCACCGGCAUGGCGACGGCGAUGGACACGCUCUGCGGCCAGGCCUACGGGGCGCGGCUGUACCACCGGCUCGGCGUCUACAAGCAGCGCGCGAUGGUGGUGCUCUCGCUCGCCUGCGUCCCCAUCGUCCUCAUCUGGGCCAACACCACCAGGAUCCUCGUCUCCCUCGGCCAGGACCCGGCCAUAUCGGCCGUGGCCGGCGAGUAUGCGCGGUGGAUGAUCCCGUCGCUCGUCGUGUACGUGCCGCUGCAGUGCCACAUACGGUUCCUGCAGUCGCAGAGCAUCGUGCUGCCCGUGACGGCCAGCUCCGGCACCACGGCGCUCUGCCACCCGCUCGUCUGCUGGCUGCUGGUGUACAAGGCCGGCCUGGGGAGCAAGGGCGCCGCGCUCAGCAACGCCGUCUCCUACGGCAUCAAUCUGGUCAUACUGGCUCUGUACGUCAGGCUGUCGAGCACCUGCAAGAACACAUGGAGCGGCUUCUCCAGAGAGGCGUUCAGGGAGCUGCGCCAGUUCACCGCGCUCGCCAUGCCGUCCGCCAUGAUGAUCUGCUUGGAGUGGUGGUCAUUUGAGAUCCUUGUGCUUCUCUCUGGGCUUCUGCCGAAUCCACAGCUUGAGACAUCAGUGCUGUCAAUAUGCCUUAACACAGGUGCUCUGUUGUACAUGGUGCCGCUUGGCCUUUCUUCUUCUAUCAGCACGCGCGUCUCAAACGAACUUGGCGCUGGCCACCCAGAAGCAGCAAAGCUAGCGACGCGAGUGGUCAUGUACAUGGCCUUAUCUGUAGGAUUGGUGUUAGCCCUGACCAUGGUCUUGCUGCGGAAUGUUUGGGGGUAUCUGUACAGCAAUGAGCAGGAAAUCGUCACAUACAUUUCAAGGAUGCUGCCCAUUCUCGGAAUAUCUUACUUGAUAGAUGGACUCCACAGUUCUCUUUCAGGCGUGCUUACCGGCAGUGGCAAGCAGAACAUCGGCGCAGCCGUGAAUCUCGGUGCAUUCUACCUGCUAGGGUCUCUGGCUUGGCAUCGUUUCGGGCAGCUUCACCAAACUGGUGCUGCUCACAUUUAUCGCGUGGUGCAUAGAUUGGGAAAAGGAGGCACUAAAGGCACAGGACAGGGUCUUGGGCUCAGCUCACCUACUUCCAGUAGCGUAGCAACGUGA